UCCACCGGAAGUCUUCUCGGUCUCUUCUACCAGGCCGAUCCAACAUGGGACGAGUCAGGACCAAGACGGUGAAAAAGGCCGCCAGGGUCAUCAUCGAGAAAUACUACACCCGGCUGGGAAACGACUUCCACACCAACAAGAGGGUGUGUGAGGAGAUCGCCAUCAUCCCGAGCAAGAAGCUCCGCAACAAGAUUGCCGGGUAUGUGACACAUCUGAUGAAGAGGAUCCAACGCGGUCCCGUCAGAGGAAUCUCCAUCAAGCUGCAGGAGGAGGAGAGAGAGAGGAGGGACAACUACGUUCCAGAGGUGUCUGCUCUGGACCAGGAGCUCAUCGAGGUUGACCCCGACACCAAGGAGAUGCUGAAGCUGCUGGACUUCGGCAGUCUGUCCAACCUGCAGGUCACCCAGCCACCUGUCGGCAUGAACUUCAAGCAGCCCCGAGGGGUCUAGACGUCUGUAAACUUUAUUCCUAAUAAAAUCCGUUUGGGACAAAAAAAGCGUUGGCUGUGCGGGACUGCUGAUUUCUGAUGUGUUAAAUUAUGUUUCACUGGAAUAAAUUUAGAUGGAGUUCGAA